AUGGAUUUUCUCAAUCACAACUACUUGAGCGCCAGGGGCCCCUACGACUACACGUUUAAUUUCUGGAACGACUACCUAGGUUUGACCACGCUGGUCACCAAGAAUCCCAGACUUAGCAUGCCCCACAUGAGCCCCAACUCCAUCACCGAGUCCCUGAAGGCCACGCUGGGUCUUGACGACGCGCCCGAGUGCGCCUGCGCUUGCGAGGGGGGCGCGUUGGAGAGCAGCGGCUGCUGCUGCUGCUUCGGCUGCCCGCCCGGCACGCCCCCACCGCCUGGCUGCGUGGCCGAGCUCAAGGAGCGCUUCUCCAUCCUCAGCCCUUUCCAGAGCCAGGUUCCUGAACGGGAGACGCACGGCUGCUUCCCUGGAUUUGACCGCAUGAGGGCCCGCGGCAAGCCUGCGUCCGCAAGAGCCAAGCUGGAGCCCAAAAUCUGCGUCUUCUGCCGGAACAACGGCGCCCCCGAGGAAGUGUACGGUUCGCACGUCCUGAAGACUCCCGACGGCCGGGUGGUGUGCCCUAUCUUGCGGGCGUACACCUGCCCGCUGUGCAGCGCCAAUGGGGACAACGCGCACACCAUUAAAUACUGCCCGCUGUCCAAGGAGCAGCCCCCGCAGAGGCCACUAAAGGGCGGCCGGGCUGUGGGGGGUAAGCGGGUGAAAAUAUUCUAG